GAGAGGAAGAGGAGGGGUGAGAGUGAUCACCAGCUCUUCCUCGCAGAUGUUCAUCUCUGUGCGUGUGUGUGUGUGUGUGUGUGUGUGUGUCCAGGAGAGGAAGAGGAGGGGUGAGAGUGAUCACCAGCUCUUCCUCGCAGAUGUUCAUCUCUGUGCGUGUGUGUGUGUGUGUGUGUGUGUCCAGGAGAGGAAGAGGAGGGGUGAGAGUGAUCACCAGCUCUUCCUCGCAGAUGUUCAUGCGUAUCAGGGCAAGUUCCACGAGGCCGCCAGACUCUACCGGAGGAGCGGGCAGGACAGCCGAGCGCUCAGCAUGUACACCGACCUGCGCAUGUUUGAGUACGCCAAGGACUUCCUCGGCUCAGCGGAUCCCAAGGACAGUAAACUGCUGAUGAAGAAGCAGGCGGACUGGGCGAAGAACAGCCGAGAGCCUCGAGCAGCGGCAGACAUGUACCUGACAGCAGGAGAACACAUGAAGGCCAUCGAGAUCAUCGGGGAACACGGCUGGAUGGACAUGCUGAUGGAUGUGGCCCGUAAACUGGAUAAAGCCGAGCGCGAGCCGCUGUCCAGAUGUGCGGUGUUCUUCAAGAAGUUCGAUCACCACGGUUACGCUGCCGAGAUCUAUAACAAAAUGGGUGAUCUGAAGGCACUGGUGCAGCUUCAUGUGGACACGAGACACUGGGAUGAGGCGUUCUCUCUGUUGGAGAAACACACUCAGUUCAGAGAUGAGGUGUAUGUGCCGUACGCCCAGUGGCUGGCUGAACACGACCGCUUCGAGGAGGCGCAGAGAGCGUUCCACCGGGCGGGCCGGCAGGCGGAGGCCGUGCGCGUGCUGGAGCAGCUUACCCAUAAUGCAGUGGUGGAGAGCCGGUUCAGCGACGCCUCGUACUACUACUGGAUGCUGUCCAUGCAGUGCCUGGACAUCGCCCGAGAGGAGUCCGGGAAGAAGGAGGAGAUGCUGAAGAAGUUCCACAGUUUCCAGCACUUGGCGGAGCUGUAUCACGUCUACCACUCCGUCCACCGAUACAUGUCGGAGCCCUUCAGCUCCAACAUGCCCGAGAUCCUCUUCAACAUCUCUCGCUUCCUCUUCCACAACCUGACCAGAGACGUUCCCAUGGGCAUCUCCAAAGUAGAUACGCUGUAUGCUCUGGCCAAGCAGAGUAAAGUUCUGGGAGCGUAUAAAGUAGCGCGACACGCCUUCGAGAAGCUGCAGGGCCUGAAGAUCCCGUCCCGCUAUCAGGAGAGCAUGGAGCUGAGCUGCCUAACCGUGCGCUCCAAACCCUACCGGGACAGCGAGGAUUUGAUCCCGAUGUGUUUCCGCUGCUCCACCAACAACCCGUUGCUGAAUAACCAGGGCAACUCCUGCAUCAACUGCAGACAGCCGUUCAUAUUCUCGGCCUCCUCUUACGAGGUUCUUCCGCUGGUGGAGUUUUAUCUGGAGGAGGACAUCUCGGAUGAGGAGGCCGUGUCUCUGAUCGACCUGGAAGUGCCUCGCGUGGAGAGAAGCAGCGGCUGGCAGGAGAUGAGCAGCGGAGAAUCCCAGUGUCUGAAGCUGGAUGAUGGGACUGAAGACCCAGAGGACGACCCCUUUACAGCCAAACUCAGCUUUGAGCAGGGUGGCCGGGAGUUCGUGCCGGUGGUCGUGAGUCGGCCGGUGUUGAGGUCCAUGUCCAGGCGAGAUGUUCUGAUCAAGCGCUGGCCCAAACCUCUCAGCUGGCAGUACUACCGAUCCCUGCUGCCCGACGUCAGCAUCACCAUGUGUCCGUCCUGCUUUCAGAUGUUUCACAGUGAGGACUACGAGCUGUUGGUUCUUCAGCACAACUGCUGCCCGUACUGCCGCAGACCCAUCGAUGAGCCCAGCGCCUAGUGUGUGUGUGUGUGUGUGUGUGAGAGUGUGUACUGCCCUAGACCCAUCGAUGAGCCCAGCUAGCUCAUCCGCGUGUGCUGAAUGUGUGUGUGUGUGAGGUCUGAUCAGGAUCGAGCUGCUCCAAUCCGUCAGUAAAUGCCAGCUCAGCGCAGCUCUGAUAGGAUUACCGGGAUCAACCGGCCAAAGUAGAUUACAGCGUGUGUCCAUACAUGCUCCUUAUCACACUUACACAAACACACACAGCUCACUCCAUUUCACUGUCCUUUUAAAUAAAGAUUUCAUAUUUAUGCUCUAA